UGUUGCUAUAAUUUGGGGAUGGCCCAAUGGAUGGUUGGCAAGUCAAUCUCGAAAGACCAGUUAAAUCGUUUGCUUGAGCAUAAGUACCACUGUGAAGGAGAAAGCAUAUGUGACAACCUACUUAAGGACUUUUGGCGGAUAUCUUCUCUGUAUAUACCGAGAUAUAUUGCUCCAAAUAUUCUCACAUUACUUGGUUUUCUCGCCAAUGUAUUUGCUUUAUGCUUGCUUUUGUCUUAUGGGGCUUGUUUCUUCACCUCGUUGGUGUUUGUAGUGUGUGUAUUCGCGUAUCAAACUUUAGAUGCCUUAGAUGGCCUACAAGCUCGCCGUACAGGGUCGUGCUCUCAGCUUGGUGAACUGUUCGACCAUGGUUGUGAUGCUUUAUCCACAUGCAUCCUCCCCAUAAGUUAUUUCAUCAUCAUUGGUUUUGAUGACUGGCCUAUGUUGAUGUUCAUACAAUACUUCUGCAUCCAAGCUUUAUUUUAUGUAGCCCAUUGGCGGUGUUACGUCACGGGAGUUCUUGCAUUUGACCGAGUCGGAGUGACAGAGGGACUUUUAAUUGGAAUUUUAUUUGGGACGAUAUCUUCGAUAUUCGGUCCAUCUAUUUGGAGUAUAAAAGAUCCACUUCUCGGUUUGGAACUCAAGGUUGUUCAGUUCCUCGUGUUCUCUGUUGUCAUGUUUUUUCUGGCGGUUCAGUUCGCUGAUACUAUUUCUCAAGGUGGUUGUGGUAAAUACGGGACAACUGUUGCUAAUACUAGUGUACUAUUUCCAGUUUGCCCUCUUACACUUGCACUUGGUUUUCCUGUUUUGGUUGCUAUUAAUUCUCCGGUGAAUCUUUAUCACCAAUCACCUUUUAUUUUCCUGUUGACGUUUGGGAUUGUUUCAGCAAAAGUUUCUCAACGUUUAGUGAUUGCUCAUAUGACUAAAAGUGCUAUCUAUUUGUUUGACGCGGUUAUGUUUGGGGCAGCUUUGUUAGUCAUUAAUCAAUAUUUUUCGUGUCCCUUGCCUGAAGUAUUAGUUCUAUGGAUAUCUUUGACAUUUGGAGCUGUGAAUAUCAUAUUAUAUGAUGCUGAUGUAUGCAUACAGUUGGCUGACUUUCUUAAUAUAUAUAUAUUCCGUAUUGGUCGACCAUCAUCUAUGCGUCACAAUAAUAAAAAUACACCCGUAAAGUCGUCAGUUCAAGACAACACUUACAAAACUUCACUUCGUACACGAAAUAGUUCUCGUAAUUGA